AUGAUGCGAGCGCAGGCACCGCCCACCGCCGUCCCGGCAUGCACCGCGCCGCGGGCUCCGCCUCCGCGGGACCACAGAGUUGGGACCGUGGGGUGCGCGAGGCCCUUGGUCGGACGCUCGGGAUUCGGGGAUUUCCUCGGCACGCGGGAAGUCGCCUUACAGGCGCGGGAGAAAGCGCAAGUGGUGGCUCGGCAGGAAAAGGCAGGCUGCAGUGCACACUGGGUCAGGCACACGCGAGGGGCAGCCCCCGAGAGCCGUCCCAGAGGCCCCCGCGCCGCCGGGGUCCUAACGGGGUGCACCGUCUUCUGCCGCCGCACGUGGAUUCAGCGCUAUGCCCAAAUCCAAGCGCGACAAGAAAGUCUCCUUAACCAAAACUGCCAAGAAAGGCUUGGAAUUGAAACAAAACCUGAUAGAAGAGCUUCGGAAAUGUGUGGACACCUACAAGUACCUUUUCAUCUUCUCUGUGGCCAACAUGAGGAACAGCAAGCUGAAAGACAUCCGGAACGCCUGGAAGCACAGCCGGAUGUUCUUUGGCAAAAACAAGGUAAUGAUGGUGGCCUUGGGUCGAAGUCCAUCUGAUGAGUACAAAGACAACCUGCACCAGGUCAGCAAAAGGUUGAGGGGUGAAGUGGGUCUCCUGUUCACCAACCGCACAAAGGAGGAGGUGAAUGAGUGGUUCACAAAAUACACAGAAAUGGACUACGCCCGCGCUGGUAACAAAGCAGCAUUCACUGUGAGCCUGGACCCGGGGCCCCUGGAGCAGUUCCCCCACUCCAUGGAGCCACAGCUCAGGCAGCUGGGCCUGCCCACCACCCUCAAGAGAGGUGUGGUGACUCUGCUGUCCGACUUUGAGGUGUGCAAGGAGGGCGAUGUGCUGACCCCAGAGCAGGCUCGCGUCCUGAAGCUUUUUGGGUAUGAGAUGGCUGAAUUCAAGGUGACCAUCAAAUACAUGUGGGAUUCACAGUCGGGAAGGUUCCAGCAGAUGGGAGACGACUUGCCAGAGAGCGCAUCCGAGUCCGCAGAAGAGUCAGACUCAGAAGACGAUGACUGAAAGGGACUCAAAACUGAAGGCCUCCUGGAACCUUCUGGGUCUCACUGGACCAUGCAGGACUGCUGCCGCCCCUCUGAAGAGAGCAGUUGUUUAUUUGUCUGUAGACAGGGAAUGUGAUGGGCACUGACCUCCUAUAAAGAAUAAAACUCUGGGCCGGGCGCAGUGGCUCAAGCCUGUAAUCCCAGCACUUUCGGAGGCUGAGACAGGUGGAUCAUGAGGUCAGGAGACCGAGACCAUCCUGGCUAACACGGUGAAACCCCGUCUCUACUAAAAAAUACAAAAAACUAGCCAGGCGAGGUGGCGGGCACCUGUAGUCCCAGCUACUCUGGAGGCUGAGGCAGGAGAAUGGCCUAAACCCGGGAGGUGGAGCUUGCAGUGAGCUGAGAUCCGGCCACUGCACUCCAGCCCGGGCUACAGAGCGAGAUUCCGUC